ACAAGAUGUUGCCGCUGCAAAUGAAGUUUUUUAGGUAAAGUGUGAAGCAUCCUAACCUUGCAAAAAAAGGGUUUUGGAAGAGAAAAUUUCAGUGGGAUAAUCCUACGGGAUUUUGCUAGUUUCUCUCUAGUUCAUGGAAAAUUGUCACUCGUAUGAUGAGAUUGCAAACUUGGGAUGUGUAUUCAAGGACACGAAAAAAUCUUUCGACACCCCUAGACUUCACUGACCCUCCAUACGAUCAAGGAAAAGGAGAUAAAACUCCUCUUUCUUGAUUAAGGCUUGUUAAGUACCAUAGUACAAAGAUAAAUAGACCCACCAGAGCAUAGAGAGCACAAUGUGUGCAAAAAGGCUAGGCAAGCUCGUCUUCAUACGAAGAUUAUUCAAAAGACAUUAUGUGGACAGAGAUAUGAAUACUUCCUAAUCAAGAUACAUAAACUUCACCUCAAUCUUUUUAUAAAAUGACUCGAGUAAGAGAAAUUACUCCAUCUCGUGAGGGACGAAUAAUUUCAUUCUUACGAAAUUCGUUUCGAGCAUCAAUGCAAGGAUCAAAAGUUUCUAAGUGCAAGGGAUUACCUUGUAAGCUUCUUAUGAUCCACUACCUAAGAUCAAAAUACAUGUCAUCGUAGAGGUCUAGUGUAGGAAUAAAUAAUUUGUCGCUUACUGCGCCGCUUUCAUUGCCUUGGUUAGCCAAAACUAAAAAUGUCGGGACUAUGGAGAAGGGUCCCUCGGGCCAUGCACCUGCUUCAAAGCCAAUGUGAUGCUGCUUUGUCAGAUGACAAAUAUAUUGGCGAUAGUGAUGGCAAUGGGGUGGGACGGGGUGGGUAACUCAAUACCCAUGCCUUCUCCCAUGCUACUUUGGGUGAGGGCAACUAAAACCCGCACCGGUACAGGGCGGGAGGGGUUGACCCACUCUUACAUGUUAUUGGAAAAAAAAAUACACGCAAAUUUUUACUUUUUACGAUAAAACAAAUGGGGAAACACUUUAUGAAUGAAAAAUAGUGCUAAUAAAAUGGCUAGUUAAGUCUAACAAGUUGAAAGAAUUACUGUAAAUAGUUGAAGAAAAGGCAAAAUAGGAGAAAUAUGUAUAGAUACUGUAAGAAAUUGAGAUACAAUGGGCCAAGAACGGGGCGGGCUAGGGCUAGGCCGAGAGUGAGGUUAUUUGAUGACACUAGGGCUGGCUAUUUGGUCCGGUGUUUUUGGUUUUACUCGAAACCGGACCGUAUAACCCGGAUCGAGACCGGACCGGGACCGAAUAGUAAACAAUCCAAUCCAAUAUUUGGGCAUAGAUUUGAGGUAAAAACAAUUUGGGAACGAAUCGAAAAGUAGAUAAAGACUGGAUAACAGAGCUCAACACCCAAAACUUUAAGGGUAAUUUGCAUAAACAGUCACAAACCUUUGCACUUAGUACAAAACUUAACCAACUCCUCACCUUUUCAGGCCUUAGGCCACUCAAAUCCCCACAAGCUCAAUAUAAAAUCAAGACCGAGUUGGGACUGGACCGUGUCAAGACUGGACCGGAUCAAGACCGGACUGUAUCCAAUCAAAUCUUUGGUCCUUUAAUUUUCAAAAAGACCGGAUUGGACCGGAUCAAUUUGGGCCAAUUUAACCGGACCGGACCAUAUAGCCACCCCUACAUAACACAUAGAAUUGACUAUUCUAGACCUCCGUAUUAUGAUCCAAAGUGCAUUCAUUUGAUAUAAUUAUCAUAAUAAUAAAUUGAAUUCAUGCUACAAUACUUCAAGUGUGUUUUAGGGACCCUAGGAUUGCUUUUACUGGUUUGAUACGCUUUUGGUAGCGUUUUGUGCAUUUUCAAGUCAGAGCAGGCUAGUGAACCACUUGGUAGCCGAAGGGGACAUUGAAAUCCAGUUGCUAGAGCCGAGACUCAAAGAGAAUAUGGGCUUAUUGAAAUGGCGCCCAAAAUGGCGGCCCAUGAUCAGAAUUGGUGCCACGACCAUCGUUUGAUGUGACACAUCUACUUUGUCAUAAAGUUAGCUGUGACCUUACUGAUUGUUGGCCACAAUUUUGGAGCUUUCUAAUUGGACGAUUGAUGCAAUAGCUAUGGUUUUCUCUCCACGGAAAGUCUAAUCAAAAUUCUAUAAAUAGGCCUUUAGAGAUAGAAAUCAGGAGGAAGGGAACAGAGGUCAAGGAAGGGUUGUCACUCUGCCGACAAAGCGACUCACCGGACCUAGAGAAAAACCAACCCAGAGGAAGAAGUCGACGCUAGAAUGGCCACUAUGUCCUCAAUUUUUAUGUUGUGGUUGCUGAUUCUAGUGGCUCUUUGAGGAUGUUGUUUUGAUCGAUGAUCGCCCACGAACCACUCCCCAUGGCUGGUUAGUUCCUUUAGUUGCGUAGGUAUGUCAUAUGUGAACCUAGGGGUUUUGGUUAUGUAAACUCGAUGAAUCGGAUUUAAAUAAGAUUGUUUGAUCUUAAAUUUGUGAUGUUUGAUUCCCUCUAUUUCAUCUUUUGUGGAUUCGAAUGAGAGCCUAGUCGACCUUCCACUCCUUCCACGUGCAGGAUCAAAAUCCAAGUCGCUUAGGAUUAGACCAGACAUGGUGGUUAUAUUCGAUUGAACGGCGUGGAGCCUUAAGGGAUAAAUCCGAAGGGUUCUUGUCGCCCAUUAGUCCGAUAACUGCUUCGGCACAAGGUGGGAUCAGAUGAUCUGAGAAAUCAAAAACUCGUAUACUGCCGAUGAUUGAGGGAUCAUAACCCGCAGACCUAGGGGGAGCUUGCCUAUACCACGAAUGUCCUUCUAUGCUCUCUUGCUCAUCCAAAUGUAGUUAUAGAUUUUCUUUUCUACAUGUUUCCUUUUUUUCGUCUUUCGUUUUGCAAAAUCGGAGGCACCUCACUACAACCGAGAUCAAACAGUCCCAUAACUGAGCCGAAACAAAAGCCACUAUCAAUCUAGAUUUAGUGUUCCUUUUCAAAAACGGUGAUCUGAAGGUAAGUGGGUUAAAGAAUGAAACACACAAGUCAGGCUUGGCACCACCAACAUAUGAGAAUCCAUUCUUAUUGAGCCUCUUUGAUUCAAGGAUUAGAAUUGCUUUGGCAGGCUUCGGCGUCGGAUAUUCGCUAGGGUUUUGUGCGCUCUUUGCGGGCCCUAUGGUUUGUUCCCUUGGUGAUUGUGCUCCUUUGUUGAGUCUCAAUAAGAAUGGAUUCUCAUAUGUUGGAUACAGUCUCUAUUAAGUUUGAUGGAAAUAAUUUUCCAUUAAGGGAGUUUCACUUCAGAAACUUUGUGGAAGGGAAGCGGUUGUCUUUGGUUUUGACCGCUGAUUUUAGCAACCCACUGUAGAUGUUGAUGAAAAUGAGAAUGGUGACUAGGCACCGUCCAAUGCUCAAGUCGUCAGUUGGCUGUUGGUGUCUGUCGACAUCCAAAUAGCGUUUAGUCUUCAUAAUUUCCCCAAUGCUCGUGAGAUGUGGAAAUAUAUUUGUGGUACGUACGCUCAGACUGAUCCUUUUCGUCUCUAUGAACACAAGUUGGACCUCGCAGGAUUAUCUCAAGGAGAUCAUCAUGUGCAUAGUUACUAUAAACACGCUCUUCAUCUUUGGAUCGAAUAUGAUCUGGUGAAUGCUUCCUUGUUGUCUGGUGAUGCCUCGGUUGAAGUUCAGAAGCAGCGCUCGAGGACUCAAGUCAUGCAAUUCCUCAUGGAGUUGUGGGCUGACUUCAAGCCAAUUCGUGCUUCCUUAAUUCAUUGAGGUAUUUCCGAUCUUGAUAUUGGAAUUGCUGAGCUGAUUCAUGAGGAGACACGGCUAACAGUUAGUCACAUAUUGAUAAUCAGACUUCAGACUCUACUUCUGUUGUUGGUCGAUCUAGUGCCUCGCAUAGACCUCAGUUUGGGACUCCGUCUAGUGGAGAGUUAAUAUGUCAUCACUGUAAAGAACCUGUGCAUGUUCAAAUCCAAUGUUAUAAACAAAUUAUUGCAAGAAGGCGGACCAUAGUGUCCGGGAGUGUCCCACGUUGAGUAAGCGUGGGAAAAUUUGCUUUCCUACACAUGGGUCUUUGGAUGGUGGAUCGUCAUCAACUAGCCUCCCUUCGUAUAGGACUCAUGGUGGUGCAUUUUCUGUGUCUGGGACAUAUGUCGUUUCUCCUUGUUUUCCCAGUUUUGGCGGUGGCAGCUCAACACUCUCUCCUAACUUUGUUUGAAAGUUGGUUUAGGAUGCCCUGCCGCAGUUAUUGACGUCGACUUUUGCUACUGGUGUUAUCUCUAUUUCGAAUUUACAUCUGUGGGUAGCCAAUGGGGAUUAGGUAGCUGUCGUCGGCCAAGGUACUUUAUCUACAUGAUCGGUUACACUUCUGGGAACUUUAUAUGUUCCAAGUUUACAGCCCGAUCUUGUAUCCAUCGAGGAGUUGACUGAGAACGGUUGUGAUUUUAAGUUUAAUUCGGCCGAUUGUGUGGUAUAGGACCAGAGGACGAGGAUGGUGAUCGAGAUAGGAAGUAAGCAAGUUCGUGUCUAUGUCAUACACGAGCUAGGCCGUCUCCCAAGGAAUCAUGGGGAUUCUCGAGGGACUCUCACCGCUGGCUCGGCUGUGCAAGACACAACGUUCGACAAUUCUUUAUUUGGUCUAUGUUUGAAAAUUUUGUUAAUUCUGUUGGUUUAAAAUUGUCCAAAAAUAAAUCGAUUUGGGAUUUAUGGUACUGUCGGUUGGGUCAUUUUCAUUCUACAAGAUUGUUCACAAUGUUUUGUCAGAAUUACUUGCCUAAGAAGUUUGAUUAGCCAUUUGGAUCUCAUUUUAAUUGUGUUAUUUGUAUCGAAGCUAAGGCUUCUAAGAAUUAUUUUUCCACUAGCGAUACGGUCUAUGCUAAGCCUUUUAUUCUUGUUCAUACAAACUUGUGGGGCCCUUCACCGCUCACAUCGCGUUUGGGUUUCAAAUACUUCUCCUUUUUUAUUGAUCAUAAAACGUGGUAUGCUUCGGUGUUCUUAAGCGGAAUUCUGAACUGUGUUCUGUUGCUAAGGAGUUUGUGUAGCUCAUCAAAACACAGUUUGACUAGACAAUUAAUGUUCUUCGCUCGGAUGAGGGCGGGGAGUUCACGAACAUGAAUUACUAGACUUCUACAAAUCCGAGCGAAUUAUUUCUCAACUCUCUUAUCUGGGUGCCUCGAAACAAAAUAGUUUAGUGGAGCAAAAACACAAGCAUGUUCUGGAAUUAGCAAGAGCAUUGUUGUUUAACUAACAUGUUCCUAGUGGAUAUUGUGUAGAACUGUAGAAGUUGUUCAUACGAUUGUUUAUUUCAUCAAUCGUCCGAUCACACUUGUCCCGGAUCAGUGCUCCCCUUAUUAGGUCUUGUACUCGAAUUCUCCUAAUUAUUCAUUUUGUGAGUCUUUGGUUGUAUGUGAUUUGUUAUUCUGCCAUGCAAAGACCGCCAUAUGCUCGCCCCCAAGACCGUAAAAUGUGUGUUUCUUGCCUACAAUGAUAGACAUGUAUGUACUAUUCUCCUUCAUAUGCUAUUAUUUAGCAGCCGCCAAUGCUAGUAUUUCUAUGAUUCGUUUGGGAAAUGAAUUCUCAAUGCAUACCAUGUUCUCUUCCUCAAGGACAAUAUGUACGAUUCUCCUUCCUAUGCUGCGCAAGACCCUUCCUCGUCUUAUUCAGAUGAUCUUGAUUGGUUAACUUCUUUACCGGGCUUUGGUACUCCUCAGAUCACUGCGUUGGGAACCAAGGGAGGGACAAAAUUUAUUUCGAGUGCCAGCUCAUCCUCUUUGCCGCCUAGCACUAGUUUUCAUAGCUUGACUUUAAGGAGGGACAGUUCCUUGUUGCCAAGCUCAAAAUCUAGUUCGAGUUUGCCGUAGGGUGAUCCGGGAAGUUCAACAUCGUUUGGAGAUAGUAGUAAUUCAUUACACGAAGCACAAGAUGAGCAAGAGAUUUCACCGCAGCAGCCCAGCCGAUUAAACUGAGCGAAUAUGGGACAACCUCCCAUUCGGUUACUUGACUAUUAAGGGUAUGCUAGAGAAGCAUGUUUUACCCCAACAACGUAUGAGCAGGCUUGUGGCGAUUCAAAAUGGGAGUAUGCGAUGCCGGGUAUGUCAGUUAUUGGAUGUAGAUGGAUAUGUACAGUAAGAUGAACCCCAAUGGGACAAUAGAAAGAUUUAAAGCACAGUUAGUAGCCUGCGGUUUUCUUCAAUAAUAUUGUACUGAUUAUGAUGAAACGUUUGCAUCAGUUGCAAAAAUGCAAACGGUUCAUUGUAUAUAUUUUGUCGAAGCUAUCAAAGGUUGGCAUCUUCUACAGUUAGACGUAACGAAUUCCUUUCUGCAUGGAGGUUAGGAGACUAUCUACAUGGAGAGACCACAUGGUUACACUAAAGGAUCUUCGGAUGUGGUUUGUCAACUGGUUCAACAUUUAUAUAGUCUCAAGCAAGCUCCACGAGCUUGGUUUGAACAAAGUCAGAAUGAUCCAUCUCUCUUUAUAUGGAAUACGAGAGAAGUUGCGGUGUUCUUCCUAAUCUAUGUAGAUGAUAUGAUCAUCUCCGAAAGUGAUUUGGCCGAAAUACAUGAAUUAAAAGCCUCUCUACAUAAAGCAUUUAAUUUAAAGGAUCUUGGUGACGUUUCAUACUUUCUAGGAUUGGAGGUUCAAAGUUCGACGCGAAGUAUCUUUGUCUCCGAGAAGAAAUGCUGACCUUCUUGAGAGGGCAUAGUAUACAGACUGUAAACCUUGCUCUACUCUAAUGGAACAAAAUUUAAAGCUAAGG